AUGGGGUUCGCGACCAGUGACACCCUCCCGGCGCUGUAUCCGGCCCACAGCAUCCGGCUACCGGUGGGGACGCCGCGCCAGGCCUCCCCCGACUUUGACCAGGCCCUCGCCGUCGCCGGCGGCGUCGUCGCCGUCCCCGCGGCGGGGGCGGCGCUGCUCAUCCACCAGGUGAGCUGGCGGCUCACCCGCCACCAGCUCGAGCUCACGCCGUUGGUGUGGGGCGACAACAACUUCGGCGUUGCCCACCAGCGGCUCGUGGUCGAAUUGGCCAACGCCGUCGCCCCAGGGUUGAUCGCGGUGCUGUUUGACGACAACGCCGUCGUUGUCAACGCCAUCGACAGCGAGUACUUGCUUAUCACCCUCAAAUUGCUGAUGGAGCUGUUUGUCGUCGACCUGCUGCCGUUUGCCUACCAGUUGGAGCGGUUCCCCCAGUGGGGCCACGUGCUGGUGCCGUACUCGUUCGAGCUCACGCUGGCGCCGUUUACCCUCCACCUGCUCGACUCGUCCAAUCUCUUAGUGGCCCUCCGCGACGGUCAGUUGCUCCACUUCCGGCGCCCGCACCUCUUUGGCGACUGCGACGUGUUUACGAUGGAAUCGGCGCCGGCGCCCGGCCCGGCGCUGUUGAACCCGCUUAAGUGGUGGCGCCCGGCGCCGCGCGCCGCCACCACCGUCGACGGGGUGCUGCUGGCGGCAGUGGUGGAUGCGGUGACUACGGCCAACGGCCAGGUGGUGCUGGUGCUGGUGGCGAAAACCCUUCAGUUCUGGCACCUCGAGCGCCACGGCGAGGCCCACCCGCCCGUUGAGCUCGGCAACGACGCCCCCGGGCUCGCCCCCACCGCCGCCCACGUUCUCCGCGCCGUCGGUAACCACGUGGCUGUCGCCUACACGCUGGCUGCCGACCGGGUCGAGUUCGUCGUCGUCGACGCCACCACCGGCGCCCUCGUGCCGGCGCUCCGCUUCUCCCCGGCGCCAGCGGCGCCGAUGUGGUUUGUCCAGGACUUUAUCGUCACCGAGGCCCGCGAGCAGUUUGUGUUUGACAUUCUCUGGAAGAACAACACGGCGCUGCGGCUCCAGCGGGUGACGGUGACGCCCGAGCUGGUCGAUAUCGGCGCCAUCGACGACGUCGCGCUCCCGGCACCCUUGGUGACCGACGACGCUGCUGCUAAACACUAUAUCCUCAACCUGGGGCUGUUCUCGCCCCACGUCGUCGACACUGCCCUCAGAGUGGUGUGCCGCCACCACGGCGCCGACCCGCCGCUGCUGCUGCUGCUCCGGCGCCGUGCCCGCGCGGUGGUGGCGCUGCUCCCGUCAUCGCCGCUGCCGUGGAUGACAUUGGCGGGGCUCUGCGACGAGUACGCCAAGAUGACGCGCGAGCUGUUGGCGGUGGGCCACGACGGCCACCAGGCGUUCGCGGUGCACGCCGACCUGGGGUUAGGGGUGUUCCGCCCCGCCCACCGCUGGGAACUGCCUGAGUCGCUGCUUGGGGGGCUCGCACCGGUGCUCGCAGAGGUUGUCGCCGAAGUGUCGCCAGCCACCGUCCAUCGCGUCGUUCACCUGUUUAUGCGCCUUCGCCACGUCACCGCCGCCGAUAUCGCGCCAUUAUUUGCGCUCUUGCCGCCGGCAGUCGACACCGGCGCCGUCGUCGCCGCGGUGGAAAACGUCGACAACGUCAUUACUCUCCUCAACCAGCUUGUGGAGCAGCCGACGGUGCCCAUUCUCGACCAGGACCAUCGCAACAGCAGCCUGAUUUCACCGAUUAUUAAGCAGGCGACGCUCAUGGCGUUUAAACUGAUCGCUCGCGCCCAUAGCAAAGUGCUUGGCGAGCUUGUGGUGGUAUUCCUCAUGAUGGACCCCUCCGCCGACGUCAUCGCCUACUUGAACCAGAUCCUCACCUGGCUCCACCGCCACGCCCUGCUCACCGCCACCAUCGACACCUGUCUCACCCGCGAUCCUCCGGGGGCUAAGAUCGAGCGCCGCCACCUCAACCAGCUCCGCUACUCGGUGGUGUGGCCGGCAGUGGUCAAUCGCCACCCCAAGCUUGGGUGGAUGGUGCGUCACCGCCGGUUCAACGACGCCUUCGACUAUAUUGUGGGCACGGUGAUGCUGCUGUCCAACUGGGUGGUCGACGUCGUCAUCGAGCUCGUCAACGCCGGCGAGGCCAAAUACGUGCGCGACCGGUUACUCGACCAGUUGGCCCCUGAUUCGCCCGUGGGCAAAGUGCUUGUGGCCCUUGUCUACCUCCUCACCGGCGAUCCCGACCGGUUUGCCGACAUAUUGGAUGACCCUGUGGCGUUACUGGCCGACGACGCCGAUAAAUUGCGCGACCUGCUCGUGGUCAACGCCACGUUGAAACCAGCGGUGGACCUUAUGGUGACGGGCGCUGCUACCAACGACGCCAGCGCCUACUACCAGGCGCUCUCCCAGCUUGCCCGCGACCUGGACUCGCCGGCCAUUGAGGCCAAACGUUACACCGCGGUGGCGCUCACUUUUGAAACCAAAGCCAUUGCGGCGUCGCCAGAGCCGCUGAACGACUUGUACGCCACCCAGUUUGACCUCGCCCUCCGUCUCGACGACUACGACUCGGUGUAUCUGGCGCUCGCGCUGCUUCUGCCCCAGGACCCCCGCCACGAGCAAUUAUUUACUCGCUUCGUCAAGCACUUAGUCACCCACCGGGCGAUCGCGGUGUUGUUUGCCCCGAACCGCAACCAGGUGUACCGCGCCAACUUUUCGCUCAUUGACGACAUUUUGUUGAAGCUUGCCAACAACGAGUUGGCGCUUCUGGCAUGCUUGACUAUCUACCAAUACCUUUACCUGUGGCGGUUGUUUGGCGCCCUGACCGCCGACAACUUUAGCCACGGCACCAUCGACGACCAGCUCGCCGACAAGCGCGGCGCCGUCGAGCUGUUGUACAUGUUCAUCACCCGGUUCCGCCUCGAGCGGCUGUCGCUUGAAGGCACCCCAGACGUCGACAACUUCAAGUUGAAGAUCGUCGAGUUGUAUCUCAUCAUUCUCAAUUGCCUCAAGGGGUUCAGCGACGACGACGACAAGUGGCUCCGGCGGAAGCUGGAUGGGGGCUACGAUAUCGUCACCGUCAACGACGUCAGCCAGGAGUAUUUCCGGUGGUUGGCGGACGUGGGCAUGUCCCUUGAUCAAUAA